CAAGUGGAGCUGCCUCUAACGAAGUGCGCAGGGUGGCCGCUUUUUAUAAAACUGGCGAUUUUUGCUCUCACCGCGGAUUAAAACAACUUCCCAAAGAGGAAACGAAUUUAGUGGGACUACGCGAACAUUGCCCGUCAUUCGACCAUUGUUUCAAAGCUUGUGGCAUCGCUUCAUUUUCAAGUUUUUUUUUUCUUCUUCUUCUUCUUUUUUUUAACAAAACCGCAAACGGAUGUGAAGUAGUGAGGUGUUCCUGUACUGUAUAUCUCAGCGCUACAAAUACUACCUAGUUAACUUUUACUCACGCAUUGAAUUCUAUUUUUUGAUAUUGGCUUGUUACAUUGCAACGAAAAAUAGGAAUCUGAGAGGGGGAAAAACAGGUGAUUGAUGUUUGUGUUGAAAUGGACGUGAGAGUUUACCCUCCUCCGGCACAGCCUCCAUCCACCGUGGCCGCUUCCUGCCUGGGACCCUCGCACUGCCCGGACACUUUCUAUAGCAACAAGUGUGACAGUGAAAACAUGUACAUGAAAUUAUCAGAGGGAAUGCAGGAUUUUGCCCCAGGGAGCCAGCUGUAUCCGGUUCCCGGCUUGGGUGACGAAGACUUCAACAUCCCCCCCAUCACGCCCCCCUCCCUCCCUGAGCACGUUCUGGCUCACCCACCCGAAUCAGAAACUGGAGUGUACCACUCCCCGUGUCCCCCCACCCCCCAAAACGGGCUACACCCCUUCCACCCCCACAGCUUGGACCUGCCUGGCAUCACCGUCUCCACUAUGUUGAGCCAAGAUGGACGCCUGCCCCCUGGUUUCCUCACUUACUCCAUUUCCCAGGACCCACACAUGGCACACCCCGACCCACAGCGAUGCACCGGCCAACCGCAGAUGGAAGCUUUCAGGCCCAGCAUCCAAUCAGUGAUGAUGCCGCAUGGGCACCUGACCACUAUCAACCAAUCACAGCUCAGCGGACGUCAUGGGCUGAGCGGUAAUAACGGCCAGCAUGGCUCCCCCUCUCCUCCAGGAAGUAAACGGGCAACGCCUUCUCCAUCUAGCUCUGUGCAGGAGGAGGAAGUGGAGGAGUCUCUGAAGGUGAGUGGGGCGGAGAAGCGGCCUGCAGCGGACGCAGGGAAGAAGCCCAAAACACAGAAGAAGAAAAAGAAGAAGGACCCCAACGAGCCGCAGAAGCCCGUCUCCGCCUACGCCCUGUUCUUCAGAGACACACAGGCCACCAUCAAGGGCCAGAAUCCCAGCGCCACCUUCGGGGAGGUCUCCAAAAUCGUGGCGUCCACGUGGGACGGCCUGGGCGAGGAGCAGAAACAGUUAUAUAAGAAGAAAACUGAACUGGCAAAGAAGGAGUAUCUGAAACAGCUGGCGGCUUACCGAGCCAGCAUGGUGUCUCAGAGUUGCAACGAGGUGAGUGAUGUCACGGCGCCGCAGGCCUCUCAGAGGGCGGGCUCCAAGCUGGCGGUGUUCCAGGGGGCAGGGCUUUACCACGGACACGCCCUCCAGCAGCAACCAGGCGCAAACCCCCUCCUGCACCCCGCCUUGCCCCGCAGCAUUGUCCCCCAGCCUGGCGUGCCCAUGCCCGGGCCCCUCCCCGGCACCAACAUGCCGCCCCCUGCCCUCCUACCCACAAUGCACCAGCACGCCAGCCUCCAGCAUCAGCACCAGCCCGUCGCCAUGCAGAGGCUGCCCGGCAACCACCAGCCCCUCGGCAACCACCCGCAGCUCCCACUCCACUCCCCGACCAUGCCACAGGGAUACCCCACCCAGCCAGAGUUCCUCAACAUGCUGAAUGGAAUGACCACAUCAGGGCCAAGCCUGGCACCAUCCAUGGAUUACAGCCAAUCAGGAGGCAGGAACCCCUCAGCCCAGAGUGUGGACUGGGGUGUGGACUACUGUAGCAAUGGGAACCUGCAAGGCGAAAGGGCUCUGUAUCUCAGCUGAUCUCAGGACUCAC